AUGAUGAGAACAUGGCAUGCAUGGGUCAACCUGGUGAAGGCAAUGGCCGGCGUAGGCAUAUUCGCUCUUCCUAUCGCAUUUAAGCAAUCUGGACUAUGGGUAGGAACCGUACUUACAAUUGCUCUUGGAUUCGCCAACGCGGACUGUAUGAUUAAAUUGGUGAAAUGUUCACAAUAUCUUUGCGACGAGAAAAAAUCCACUGGUUACACUACCACAUUCACAUCGAAAAGCCACUUGUCAACAGCCCCUCUUUAUACGACGAACAACAAGAAGGACUAUAAUGAUUCGGAAGCUACUCACUCUGAGAAGAGAGCGCUGCAGAAAACCCACAGCGCUGAUGAUAAUCGUAGCUCCAGGUGA